AUGAAAUAUUGUAUUCAAAUCAAUGAUAUUCCUACUUUCAACGAUAUAGCUUCUAAAUUCAAAUACAUUGAAUUCUCAUUAGAACAAUUACUUGAAUUACUUAAAUUAUCACCAUUUACAUGGUCAUUUGCAUCGGAAAAGAUUGUUGAAAAAGAACCAGAUGGAUCAGUUUGUAUUCCAUUAACAAGAUAUUAUUCGAUUUCAAAAGAUAAUGGUAUUAUUCCAGCACAAGUUGCUGAUAUCAUUAUGAAAGAUCCCGAAUUACAAUCACAACUCACAGCAUAUGAUUGCAUCAACUUGUUAUCAAUGAUUCAGCCUAAAUAUUCAGAUAUCAAUCCAUUAAUUUCUUUACUGAAGAAAUUCAAAUUGAUCGAUGAUCAAUUUUCAAUGAACAAGAUUUAUUACCAUAUUUAUCAAUCACCUCAAUUUGAUCAGCUCAUGAAAGAAGAUAUUAUUGGGGUUGCAAACAUAAUCCCAAUUCGGCCGACUUUUAUUAAAAAAGUUAUUGGAAUAGAAGUUCCAAAAGAAUUUUUUGAUAAAAUCGUCAACAUUUACAUCACAAUGAGCAUCCCUUCAACAAGUAACCUGACAAAUGCAGAAGAUUUUGUCAAUUUCAUUACAAAUCCAGUAAAUCGGAAACAUGUUAAUAUCAAAGAACUUUGCAAAUCAGCAAAGAAUAUUCAUGUCAUCAAACUCUUCGAAUAUACACAAGAAGAGUAUGAAUAUUUGAAAACGGUCGAUUUUAUGAACAAUUUGUUGUUAUUGUUUAAUCCAAAUAAUGAUAAAUUCUUUUCUAUCCCAGAAAUUCUCAAAUGUAAUAUUUCUAAAACGAUCAUUCAUGCAAUUUUAACGAAACAAUUGAGUGACAAUGAUAUCAAUGACAUCCAAAAGUUCGUUUCAAAUGAUGGAUCAAAUAAUUGGAUCAAAGAAUACAGUUCAAGCAUUAAACUUGAUUACAGAACUAUUUUAACUAAAGAUGAUAUUCGAAACCAUUUUAACACAAAAAUGUUAUCGAAUUAUCUUGUAAGAAGUUAUGAAGUCGAUGAAAUUUUCAUCAAACUUUUCGAUACUUUGUUUUCAAGGGAUUUAGAUGAUAAUUCUAAGGCGAACAUAUUCAUAAAUCUCUCGACAGGCAAUAAUUUCUAUGAUUUUGUAUGUUCUCGACGUGAUAAUAUUGAUCCUUCAUGUUUGAUUGUUUAUUCAGUAAGAGCACAAAAGGAACAUCUUGUCAAAAAUGGAACUCCUGUUGGAGAUCUCUAUGUUGAAAAGUUAUUCCUUUCAAAACAAAAGUUUAUCUAUGAAAAUUUGUUUGAAUACGAAGUUUCAAAACAUGGAAUGGCCAAAGCAUUGUUUAGCAGUAUUCAAGCUAAUAACAUUGAAGCAAUCCAGUUCUUGAUAUCGAAAGGUGUUCCAGUAAAUAUGAUCUUGGAUUCAAUGACACCACUUCAAUAUGCAAUAACAAGAAAUUUCGUAGAAGGUGUUCAACUCUUACUAAGUCUUGGAGCUUCGUCUGAAUUCAAUGGAUUACAAACAGCUAUUUCCUGCGCAGAAAAAUCAUCCAGACAUGAAUUAAUUAAAUUAUUUUGCAGUCAUAUCAACAUUGAAUAUGAAUCUCGUUUAUCUGAUAUCAGAAAUAUUCACAUCAGUAUUAAUGAUGCAACAAAAGUUCCUCCAAUUAAAUAUGACCUCAUAAAAUGUGCCAAUUUUCAAACAAAAGGGGCAAUUACUACUCGUAAUUUUAUGCAGUCAUAUGAUGAUGCUAAAUAUGAAUAUCCCGAUGAAAAUAUUUCAGUAUUGUUGAAUCAUAAUCGUUUAAAUUUUGGUGGCAAUGAAAAAGUCAUGAAAAUUAUCCAGAAAGAGAUGAUGUUAGCAUUAUCAUUUGUCAAUGCAUUGAGGAUCAUUGUUUUGUUCGCUCCAAAUGAUUUAACAAUAUUGCAGCCACUUAUUUCAUCUUUAAUAGAAAAAAGAGAUCGAAUCCCUGACCAAACCAAACGACUUUUCUGGAAUUUCAUUGAUAAAAACUUAGCAAUAAGUAGUCCACAAUUCAGAGCUGUUUAUUCUGUUAUCACAGGAAUUAAAAUGAUUGAACCGAUUGAAGGUCUCUCAGAUUUAUUGUAUGUUGCAACAAGACUUGGCAACAUCGAAAUCAUCGAAGAAUUGCUUGAUAAAGGUGCUCGAAUCGAAGAUGUUGAAGGUAUUUUUAAUCGCAUGUCUCCAUCAUUAGAAGCAAUCAGCAAAGAUCGAUCAGACAUUUUAGAACUUUUCAUUCUUCAUGGAUUGAAAUUUGAUCAUAUCUAUUCUAUUGACAACUUCACAUUGCUCAAUGCAAGUAUCGAAUUCAACUCUACUAAAUGUUUUGAUCUUUUAUUUUCUAAGUCAUCAUUUGGUCAUUUUGUUGUUGAAACACCAAUGAUGAGUGCUCUUCAAACAUUCGAACGAACAGGCAACGAUUACUUCAUCAACAAACUUCUUCCUCAAAUUGACACCGAAUACGAAAGAAUUGUUGAUUCAUCAUUUUGUGACUACUUAUUAUUCAAAUCCGGUCAAAUUCCAGAAUUCCACUAUAAUUCAGCUAAAAGACUUGAUAGUUUACAACAAUCUCCAACUUUCUUCAAUUCUUUAGAUAUUCCAAUUGUUUUGCGGACAUCUGACUUAUCCCAGAAAUUACUUGUAUCUGAAUUCAUUAAACACUCGAAUAAAGAGAAUGAACCUACACAGAAUUUCCUUGAAAAUCUCACCGAAGAAAGUGAUACCCCAGGUAAUGGAUGGAUUGGUAUAAUGAACCGUAGGCGCCAUCAUUGA